ACCGGCGCUUCUUCCCAGGGCGGAGUUGUGCGAAGUGAAGAGGGGAGUGCUGAGGCAGUGUACAGUGCGGCGGAGGGACACCGAGAGCCUCUAAAGCAGGGCAGUGCGGCUCUUAGUUUUGCCGGCUUUUGCGCAGCUGACUCAGAGGAGACCUGCAUCCGAGAGAUGCGCUGCCCGUCUCUCUCAUUUACUUUCAAUGUCCUUUAUUUUUGACAAAAGCAAACACAACCCUUUGGAGCUUUUCAAAGACUAGCUUUGUUUUUGUAAUUGUAACACUUUAUUUUGUAUCAUUAUUGCGAUACUGGCGAGCAGUUGAUUCGCCAUCCCAGCUAAGCAGCGUCUGCCGCUCUGCAGUAUUGCUGGAAAAUCGGUUCAUUUUUUAACUCCCGUCUCACCUAAGCUCGUGAGAUUCCUUCCCGCAUCACCUCACCUGAACAGGACGUGCUGACUGCGCAACCAUGGGGUAUGGGCGGUCAGACAGCUACCGCGUGGCCACCACGCAGGACAAAGAUGAGAAGGCCAAGGAUAAGAAGGCCAAAGACAUGGACGAACUGAAGAAGGAAGUCUCUUUGACAGAACACAAGAUGUCUGUGGAAGAAUGUUGCCGUAAAUUCAACACAGACAUUGUGCAGGGUCUGACCAAUGCGAAGGCAGCGGAGUACCUGCUGCGUGACGGACCCAACGCACUGACCCCUCCCCCGACCACCCCUGAGUGGAUCAAGUUCUGCCGCCAGCUGUUCGGCGGCUUCUCCAUGCUGCUCUGGACCGGGGCUAUCCUCUGCUUCCUGGCCUACGCCAUCCAGGCCGCCACUGAGGACGAGCCUGCAGGAGAUAACUUGUACCUGGGUAUCGUGCUCUCAGUUGUGGUCAUCAUCACCGGCUGCUUCUCCUACUUCCAGGAGGCCAAGAGCUCCAAGAUCAUGGAGUCCUUCAAGAACAUGGUGCCCCAGCAAGCAUUGGUGAUCCGUGAGGGAGAGAAGAUGCAGAUUGACGCAGUGGAGGUGGUGGCUGGAGACCUGGUGGAGAUCAAAGGAGGUGACCGCAUCCCUGCUGACCUGAGGAUCGUCUCUGCCCACGGCUGCAAGGUGGACAACUCUUCUCUGACCGGCGAAUCAGAACCCCAGUCUCGGUCACCUGACUUCACCCAUGACAACCCUCUGGAGACAAAGAACAUUGUCUUCUUUUCCACCAACUGUGUUGAAGGUACGGCACGUGGCAUCGUGAUCUUCACUGGCGACCGGACUGUCAUGGGACGCAUCGCCACACUGGCCUCUGGGCUGGACACGGGCAAGACGCCCAUCGCCAGGGAGAUCGAGCACUUCAUCCACAUCAUCACAGGCGUGGCUGUGUUCCUCGGCAUCUCCUUCUUCAUCCUGUCCAUCGCCCUCGGAUACUCCUGGCUGGAGGCCGUCAUCUUCCUCAUUGGAAUUAUUGUUGCCAACGUACCCGAGGGGCUGCUCGCCACUGUCACAGUGUGUCUGACGCUGACUGCUAAGCGCAUGGCCAAGAAGAACUGUCUGGUGAAGAACCUGGAGGCCGUGGAGACGCUCGGUUCCACCUCCACCAUCUGCUCGAACCAAGACCGAACCCUGGACGAGGGAUUCGCCCACAUGUGGUUCGACAACCAGAUCCAUGAGGCCGACACUACAGAGGAUCAGUCUGGUGCGUCCUUCGAUAAGAGCUCCCAGACGUGGAUCGCACUGGCCCGCGUGGCGGCGCUGUGCAACCGCGCAGUGUUUAAGGCCGGAGAGGACUCCAAGCCCAUCCUGAAGCGUGACGUGGCCGGUGACGCAUCCGAGUCGGCGCUGCUGAAGUGCAUUGAGCUGAGCUGCGGAAACGUCCGCGCCAUGAGGGACAAGAACAAGAAAGUGGCCGAGAUCCCAUUCAACUCCACCAACAAGUACCAGCUGUCCGUUCACGAGACCGAGGACCCCAAUGAUAACCGCUACCUGCUGGUGAUGAAGGGGGCGCCAGAGCGCAUCCUCGACCGCUGCUCCACCAUCCUGAUGCAGGGCAAAGAGCAGCCCAUGGACGAGGAGAUGAAGGAGGCCUUCCAGAACGCUUACAUGGAGCUCGGAGGCCUGGGGGAGAGAGUGCUCGGUUUCUGCCACCUGCUCAUGCCAGAGGACCAGUACCCCAAGGGUUUUGCCUUCGACACGGACGACGUGAACUUCCAGACAGACAACUUGUGCUUUGUGGGCCUGAUGUCCAUGAUUGACCCUCCCCGCGCGGCCGUGCCAGACGCCGUGGGCAAGUGCCGCUCCGCCGGCAUCAAGGUCAUCAUGGUCACCGGAGAUCACCCAAUCACAGCCAAGGCCAUCGCCAAGGGUGUCGGCAUCAUCUCCGAGGGAAAUGAGACAGUGGAGGAUAUCGCCGCCCGCCUCAACAUCCCCGUCAGCCAGGUCAACCCCAGGGAUGCCAAGGCGUGUGUGAUCCACGGCGGAGACCUGAAGGACAUGGCUGGAGACCAGAUCGAUGAGAUCCUGAGGAACCACACGGAGAUCGUCUUCGCCAGGACCUCCCCCCAGCAGAAACUCAUCAUCGUGGAGGGAUGCCAGAGAGCGGGUGCCAUUGUGGCCGUGACAGGAGAUGGUGUGAAUGACUCCCCUGCCCUGAAGAAAGCUGACAUUGGCGUUGCCAUGGGAAUCGCUGGCUCUGACGUGUCCAAACAGGCUGCUGACAUGAUCCUGCUGGACGACAACUUCGCUUCCAUUGUCACUGGAGUGGAGGAGGGCCGUCUGAUCUUUGAUAACCUGAAGAAGUCCAUCGCCUACACACUGACCAGUAACAUCCCGGAGAUCACCCCCUUCCUCCUCUUCAUCAUCGUCAGCAUCCCACUGCCCCUCGGCACCAUCACCAUCCUCUGUAUCGACCUGGGCACCGACAUGGUUCCUGCUAUCUCCCUGGCCUAUGAGGCGGCUGAGAGUGACAUCAUGAAGAGGCAGCCCAGGAACCCCGCGAGGGACAAGCUGGUCAACGAGAGACUCAUCAGCAUAGCUUAUGGACAGAUUGGUAUGAUCCAGGCCCUGGGAGGGUUCUUCGCUUACUUUGUGAUCCUGGCAGAGAACGGCUUCCUUCCCUCCAUGCUGGUCGGCACACGUCUGAUGUGGGAUGACCGCACCUGCAACGACCUGGAGGACAGUUACGGCCAGCAGUGGACAUAUGAACAGCGUAAGAUCGUGGAGUUCACCUGCCACACGGCAUUCUUUGUGAGUAUCGUGGUCGUGCAGUGGGCUGAUCUGAUUGUCUGCAAGACCAGGAGGAACUCCGUUUUCCAGCAGGGCAUGAGGAAUAAGAUCCUGAUCUUCGGCCUGUUUGAGGAGACAGCUCUGGCAGCCUUCCUGUCCUACACUCCUGGCAUGGACGUGGCACUCAGGAUGUACCCACUCAAGCCCAGUUGGUGGUUCUGUGCAUUCCCAUACAGUUUCCUCAUCUUUGUUUACGAUGAGGUCCGGAAACUCAUCCUCCGUAGAAACCCUGGAGGCUGGGUGGAGAAGGAGACAUACUAUUGAUCAAAGAAUUUCUUCUUUACUUACCCCCAAAGACACAUUCCCCCCCC